UCUGACUGAGGCUCAGAGGAGACACUUGAGAGGUGAACUGAGACACGAUGCUACCAGUUCUACUCCUGCUAGUACCAGCCCUCAGUCCUGCUCUGGCCUGGAUUCCAGUGGAUGAUUGGGAAUCUGGCAAUGUGACUACAUCAGUGGGUGAGUCAGGUCAGUGUGUUUGUCACGUGUAUGUUGCUGACACCACCUUCCCUGCUAACCGGGUUCAGCACAUGCAACAAGUCAGCAAGGAUCUGAUCCUGGAAGUGGAAAUCCAAAUUAACAAGAUGGUGAGCUAUGAGGGUAAACUGGAGGUCUAUUUGAGAGACCUGAAGGACCUGACGGUUAGAGUGGCUGUGCUGGAGAGCAGUCCUGAUCAGUACAUCAAACUGGAGUUUGAGCUGCUCAGGAUUGAGCUCAGAGAGUUUGAGUCUCUGGUGUCGCAGCUCAAAGUCUCCCUCAACGCCUCCUCACCACUGUUCAACAGUCUGUAUACAGAGAUCCGCAACAUGACACUCAUCGUGAACCAACUGGAGACUUAUGACAAGAGCAACCUGGAGGUGAUCCGCUUGGAGUUUGCUAAGCUACAGAAGAAGUUGGAGGACUGCCAGAGGCAGCAUGAUUUUAUCAAGCCAGAUAUUGGCAACUGCAAUCACACAGGAAUCUUGAGCAUCGGCAAACCAACGGUGGUCCAGCUAAAUGCUCAUUUGAACUCAGGCUACCAAUAUGGGGGCUGGGGAAAAGACUCCAAACCUGUUCGAGGCUUUGAGUCAAUGUACAUCUAUGGUGCAUACACCAGUCCCUCAGUGUAUGACUUCUAUCUGUACUCUGACUAUGAAAAGCUAAUUCUGAGGUCUGCAUUCAAACGCCAUGACAUACCAAAUGGGUGGAUAGGUGCCGGCAACAAUUUCAUUGUUCACAGAAAUGCCAUCUAUUACCAGAUCAACACACCUUUCAGUAUGGCCAAGCUGAAUCUGACCACUUCCACAUACAACUACAGAGUGAUCCCAGCCGCUAGUCAAAGGUUCUCAUACAGUUACUCAGACAAUCAGAACAUGGACUUUGCAGCUGAUGAAAAUGGCUUGUGGGUAAUGUACGCCUCAGGGGAGAGCGGGGGUAAAAUUGUCCUUGCAAAGAUAGAUGAGAAAUCUUUUGGCAUUGCGGAGGAGUGGAACACCGGUGUGUUCAAACAACUGGCUGGCAAUGCUUUCAUGGCCUGUGGAGUGAUGUACGCCACCAGGGCAUUAGAUGUGAACACAGAGGAGAUCUAUUAUGCAUUCGACACCAAGACCGGGAAGGAGAAGGACCUCAACAUUCCCUUCCAGAAGUUCCAGGAGAAAUACACCAACCUGGACUACAACCCCACUGAUCAGAAGCUCUACAUGUACAAUGAUGGCUACUAUGUGUCCUAUAGUGUGAGGUUUAAUAAAAAAUGAUUCCUCCUCUUUGUGAUCUACAGUAUUGUGAUUGAUACAAUUGAUCUGCAUUUAUUCUUUGUCACUGGAGCUCUAUAAAGCCUAUGUAGUGUCAUCCUCUGAAUAAAAUCAAACUGAAGCAUUCAAA